GUUCCCUCACAAACUCAUUUCCUUCCUCGGCUCUCCCCUGCCCAUUCACACUACGGCCCACCACCACCUUACAGGAGCACAUCAGCACUACUCGCGCCACCUCCGCCUCCACCCCUGGGACCCCGUUCUCAUAUAUGCCUGCCGCACCCGCUGCUCCCGACGCCCUUACCCCCUCCAUAUAAUACAUCUCUCAUAACCGAGCGUGAAGGUCGUGGAAGAAGUCGAUAAUGGUGCGUUACUUCCUCGUUCGGUUGAUGACAAAAGUGUGGUUUGUUUUGAUACGUGAUUGAUAUAGAACCACACGACUCUAAUAACUUGUGCUUUGCCCCCGACACAGCGGGUGCUAUGUCCAGCCUCACCGUAUUCCCCACGCACCUGGAAGAGGAGAUGCCUUCCAGCCAGCCAGACACUACAAUUGCUGCGAAUGACCAUGGCAAGGCUAUUGAUAGGGCUACCGACCCAUACUGGUCAGGGAUAAACCUGGACUUUUCAACCGAUACCGUCUUUGCAUAUAGCAGUAAGGCAAAUUUAGAAAAAAUGCUGUGGGAGGACGCACUUCUUGAUGCGCAAAAGGUCAUCAUACUCAACCCAUCGUCUCAUCUUGGAUACCAGUUGAAGCAUGCAGCGCUUCAUGGCGCGCGCCGCUAUGAUGAAGCGAUCGAGACUUUCGAAAUCAUGCUCUCUAAGUUAGACAAUGCUCCUGAAAUGCAGCUACGAGAGCUGCGCCAGGAGUAUUUCAGUCUAUCCGAAGCAGACAAUAUUAUUCGAAAAGUCAUUUACGCUCAACUAGAUGACGCCCCACUUCGUCUACUAGACACCGCUUCCGGGCUUUUGUGUGACCGAGAGGCGCAGAUCUGUGCCUUUAAACUGAGCACCGAAUACAAGGAACUUCUGUCAUUCAUAAUCAAGCAUGCAGACAUCCGAACGGAGCAUAUCACAGAAGUGGCAGCGUUCUACUUCCGCUGUGUCAUGUUAUCACACAUGUGGCAAGGGAAGGAGCCACUGCUGCACGACAUCAAGGACAAGGUCGUGUACGGGUUCAAUCCAGUCGAUGGUAUCGUGAAGUUGCAGUCAUUCUGCAAAGCUGCGCGUGACAUGGGCUAUCGAUGGGCUUGGAUUGACACGUGUUGCAUCGACCAGAAGAACAAUGUCGAGCUCCAAAAAUCACUCAAUUCCAUGUUUAUUCGGUAUCACCACUCGUCACUCACGAUCGUCUACCUCGCGGAUGUUCCGGCUUCAUCCAAGUCUGGUGCACUAGCAAGGAGUGCUUGGAAUACGCGUGGAUGGACUCUCCCGGAAUUUCUUGCUCCUAAAAUCGUUUUAUUUUACCAAAGAGAUUGGACGCUAUAUCUCGACCACCACUCUGGCAAUCACAAGGAGUCUUCCAUAAUUAUGGGGGAGUUGGAGAAUGCGACGGGCAUAGAUGCACAUGCCCUAGUCAGCUUCUGUCCGGGAAUGACAGGCGCGCGAGAGAAACUGCGAUGGGCGUCGACGCGUGUCACAAUAGUGCAGGAAGAUGUUGCAUACUCAUUGUUUGGCAUUUUCGGCAUCCAUCUACCUGUUAUUUGUGGCGAGAAGAAGCAAAAUGCACUCGGACGGCUGCUGCAGGAGAUUGUGGCUCAGUCGGGCGACAUCACUGCGCUGGACUGGGUCGGAAAAUCAUCCGAUUUUAAUAGUUGCCUGCCAGCCGAUAUUACUUCAUACAGAGCUCCGCCGUGCGCGCUGCCAUCUCUGUCCGAAGACGACAUCCAGACAUCGGUCUCCAGGCUGCAAAAUGUACUGGAUAUUGAUGUGGCCUUGAAACUUCAUCGCCUGCUUGACGAUCUGGGCGCCCCUCGUUUCGCGAACCGCAAACUGCGUCUGCCUUGUAUCGCAUUUCUUGUCACAGAAGUCAGAAGAAGCCAUACUCAAGACCAGGAGGCAUAUUUCGCGUAUGAAGUCAAGGCCAACGGACUUCGCGACCUGCUGAUCACCACGGAAGACAAGCUAACACAAUUUUCGCGGGCAAAGCCCAAUCUUCAGACAUUCUUACUCGUCCGUCCGUGGGACCCUUAUCUCCUGGAGCUGCCUGACUUUGCAGACAAUCCCCAGGGCAUGGACAAUUGGUCUGUGCGGGGGUCCAUGUUUCGUGAUAACCUCAGCGUGUUUUCUGGUGAAACAGGGCCAAUUGAUUCACAAUCACAUUCACGGGCGUUACGAUUGAUCGUUCGCCUUGGACAGCCUUUCGGCGCGUUUCUGCUAGCGCGGCAACGCGGUGGAGAAUACAAGAGAAUUGCGUCAGAUCGCAAUAUCAUUGCGCAAGUCAAGGAAGUGGCUGACUCUGUUCACAGAAUGCAUGUCAGGACACUGGAGAUAUCGUAGCAAUAUUUUUUGAAGGACAGUUCUUAACAUUCAUACGUUGCUGUACGUUGAAAGAUCACCUUUUAAAUACAAGUUGUAGUCAUACAUAACCCUUUGUACGAUGAUUAUGAAAAGUGUACAACGAGAGGAAGGUCACUUCCGGAACAACUCAG